AUGCGAAGUUACAUCCAGAGCAUUUCCUUUCUCCUCCUUUUAUUGGGUACCUUUAUUCUCGCAGGUCCCAUUCAAAUCGAAAACCCGACGGUACCAUCGACUCCAAAACCAACAACACCAGUCAAUAAGAUGUAUAGUCUUUCAUCUCGUCAAAAGAUGAAUAUGACUAGCGGUGACACCAACCCUAAAUCUUCUACAAGUUCCGCUGGUGCCAAAUCAACUGGAACAUCCACUGCAUGUUCACCAGAAGUUCAAGCUCUUGCAUCGGGAAUUAGUUCGAAUAUCGCUGAUCAACGUAAUGAACAAAAAGCUGUGACAGCUGUUGGAAAGAUUCUUCAACAAUCACCUUUUAAUACCUCCAUGUUUGAUGCAGCACAAUCUUCUCUUAUGACUUUUGUUCAGAAAGGAAUUCAAAUUCGACAAAACAAUCAAAAGAUAGCUCCAGCAGGAAAUGGUGCCAUACCCGGUUUGGCAAUUGUCGCAAUGGCACAACAGGAAGAGUUAAAUUUAACCAUGAGUUUAACUGCAAGUAAUGUGGCUGGUAGUAAUGCGACUGUUGCAAAAUUGAAGACAGAUUUUGCAGGUGGAAUUGUACAAAAUAUGAAAAACUUGGCGGCGGCAACUAAAGGUUGUAAAAUGCCCAGUACUACUACAUAA